UAAUGAUAAUCGUCAGCAGAGCUUAUUGAGUAAAGACAUCCAGGGGCGCCUACUAAUGAGAUUGAAGUUUCAAAGUUGGAAAAAUGGAUUGUAAAGAGGCAACAUCUGAUGCUAAUGGUGAAAAAUACACUACCUGUACUGUCCAACAGCCCGGUGAAGUUAUUCGCCCAGUGGUCUCCAAGGGAAUGGUUGAAGACAUUAUCCACAAAAUGUAUGGGCUUACAGUCACAGAAGUAAAAGAACUUGAUAGUUAUGAUGAUAGGAACUACUUCGUGAGAGUUGAGGAACAGCAUUCUAAUCCAUUCAUUCAAGAACUUCACCCAGAGGGUUACCUCCUAAAAGUAAUUAACAGCAAAGACUCCAUGAAUUCUCAAGGCCUUGAAGCACAACAUGCAUUCAUGAACUGUCUGUUAAAGAAUGGCAUUCAAACCCAGAUGAUAGUACUGAAUAUAAACAGAGAGGAACAGUCAUUGGAAAUCACUUCUCAUACAGAUGAACAAGGUGAACUCCGGAAACAUCUGGUUGAUCUUCGUACAUUUGUACCUGGGCAAAUAAUACAGAACGUCCCCUACACCCCUCAAUUAUUGAUGCAAGAUGGAGUACUUAUAGCAAGGAUGGCAUAUGCUUUGAAGGAAUUUGACCACAGCUUCUACAGAGAUCGUGACAUACUUUGGUCUAUGACGAAUGUCCCACUGUUGACAAGGUACACAUUUAGUCUUCAAAAUAAAGCUGAAAGAGACAUCAUCGAAGAUAUAGUUUCUGCCUUCAACACAGAAGUAGUAAGCAAGUAUGAGCAACUGCCAAAGGGUUACAUCCAUGGAGAUCCAAAUGAACAAAAUAUCCUUGUGUCAAAAAGCCAUGGAGGUGGAGACUAUGAGAUCAGUGGAAUUUUGGACUUUUCUGAUGUUGCAAACAGUUACUUAGUGCUGGAUCUGGCAAUGAAUAUUGCAUACCUUAUGAUAGACUCUGAAGUUGUUGACCAGCUAGAUACUCCAGGCUAUAUUUUAGCUGGCUAUGAGAGUAUACGACAGCUCACUCCAGUAGAAUGGGAUGUCAUCUUUGUAUGUAUAGCAGGAAGACUGGCACAGUCUCUUACUUUAGGAGCUCAUGCUAACUAUCUGGAACCAGAAAAUAUUUAUGUUUUGACCACUUCAAAGAAAGGAUGGCCUCUUUUGCAGAAGUUUUGGUCACAACCGAAGGACAGCAUAAUCUCAAGGUGGAAAAAAAUUAUUGCUUCUUGCAAAGUCAAUCAGUGACUAAAUUACUAUUUCAAAGUGUCAGGAUGCCCCAGUCAAGUAUCAAGAACAUGUUCAUAUUAAUUGAUUUGAUGUAUGAAAUUAAUAAAUUAAAUAAUAGGGUAUAAUAUAUAUAUAUGUAUAUAUAUAUAUUUACUGAGUUAUUUUAUGCCAUAUAUUUCACAUGUGUAUUGCCACUUCUAAGAGGAUGGAUUGACAGAUUUAUGUUUAUCACAUUUCUUAAUAAUUGAUUGGACACUUUUUUAUGGACAAGCAGUUUUGGCAUUGUUUAUAUCAACAAUUUGUUGAUAAUUAUUCUGUAUGUCAAAUAUGACUUGGCCUAUUUGAAACUUGCCAAUUGGAUGUUAUGUUACAUAACUAGCCUAUGCACUGAUUAUAUUAGCCAUGUAGAUUUGUUUGCUCUAUGUUCUCUAGUUAGUGAUAACACACCAGGGAAGAAAGUGCAUUUUAUUAUUGCACCCAUGUAUAUAGAUUCACUCAAAUUUGAUUAUUUUUCUUGUGAUAUAGUAAACUUGUCCUGGCUAGUACAUUGUCUAAUAACUGUCACAUGCUACAUGAAUUUGAACCCUCACUUUAUCAGUAUAACUUCCACUAAGUCUUUUCAGCUCUAAUUUGGCAUACAUUUCUAUUACAUACCAAGCCAAUACAUUGCAUAAGGGUAAACAUAUUGUGUGCACACUAAAUCUACAUCUUUGUUGUAUUAUUGGACCCAACUGUUUUGCCCAUAUAGAUCAUAGUUUCUGAGUUGUCUCUCUCAGUGUCUAUUUGAUGAACACAAGAAGUUGAAAGUAGGAGGUGGACUGCUCAAUCACAACUUAUGUCUAUUUGAUGAACACAAGAAGUUGAAAGUAGGAGGUGGACUGCUCAAUCACAACUUAUGAAAGUCAUCAACUUUACAUUUCCAUUAUGGCUUAAGAUAUUUCUUAAACUUCUUCUUAUGUAAAUACAUUUCACUUGCUUCUGUUAGACUCUGGACUAUCUGAUCACUAAUUGUGUCUUUAUCAUUAUGUGCACAUCCAACCUUGGGACAAGGAUUAGGCCAGAGAAGAUGUGAAACUGCAUAUGUAUAGUCCUGGAUAGAUCCAUCUUCUAGUGCUUUAUCCCAUAAAUAUUUUGUCGUAAUCUGUCGGAAUUUUGUCACAUGAAAUUGUCCAGGGAACCGGAUGGUGAUCAGAGACGUUGAAUGGAUUAUCAUCUCUUACACAAGCAGUAGCUACUAGUCCUUUAAGAUCUUCUGAGAUCAUUAUGUAAUCGACAGCAGAGACUGGACCUCCACUAUAAGCCUGAAAGGUAAAUAUCGGACCAACACAAUUAGAUUGCAUGUUUACAGGAGACAAAUUUGAACUGAUCACGAAUUUUGACAGAAUUCCAUCAUGAAUGCUCAGAGCAGGAUUGUACCUAGGUCCAAAGGCAGUGGCAUUAAAAUCUCCCAUCACUAUUACACUGCCUUUCAGGGAAUAUGCAUCACAAAUGUCUUUUAGAUUAUCUACAUAAAAAGAAAAAAGUUCUUCAGGGCGAUUUGAUGGAGGCAAGUAUACACAGAAGAGGUACAGGGAGUGAUCCUGUUUAAAGGACAGAGAUUCUAUCACUGUCUAAGUUGAUUUCUUUGGUAAAAUUUUCAUAGAUGUCUCUUACAAAGUAAUGUUGUACCACCACUAGGAAAGCCUUGUCGAGUACAAUGCUCUGGUUCUGCAGAUACUUUGGCAAUAUAGAAGUAGUCAUUGUUAAUAGUAUCCAUAAAACACAGAUUAUCUUCAUGAAGCUGGUGAUCAGCUAUUGCACAGAUAUCCACAGUUAUCAUUUAGGCAAUCAUUCAAUAAGGAACACUGGACAUAAUGCCUUUUGCAUUCCAAUACAUUAAUGAAAGACAGUUAUUGUCCACGGGCAUUAUCAACAUAAUUGUUUCUGAGUCCGGGGAAAUCAUCUGAUUGUUCUUUCUUAAUAAAUAUAUUUUCGGGCCAAAAGCCUUUGCUUUCAAGUGUUUCUGUAUCUUUAGCUAGGACAUUUACCUGGGCUGAUGCUGUCCUCUUCUCCUCAUAAUUAAAAAAUCUCACGUAGGUAACAGUAACACCUUUCUUUUCCAGGUAACGCCUCACAGAUUUUGCUGUGUUGUUCUUGUGUAUUCCACCCAUAUAGAACCUUGCAGUCCUCACCUUGGCAGAAGCUGCACGGAACUCUUCCUGUGUAUGUUUUACCCUCUGUGUACAUAACAGACUUCUCCACUCCAGUGUAACUGCAUCUUAAACCCAUUCAAUUGUACAAACACUGCCUCCUAUCCUGUAUAUAUACUUGUCAACCAUGCUCUGUACACCAACCCUCCUGGGUUGCACAAAUCCCUUCCUUCAUAUUUUUUUUGCCUGGCGGGCCCGUGUGCGACAAACGCUUGCAGUCGGAAAGCGCACGUAAUACCCCCAACCUCAGUCAGUCAGACUAGUACUCUAUACAUCACUUGCUUGACAGCAGUGUUUGAACCUACGACGAAACGUCGCUCCUAUUGUAAUAAAGAAGUUGUUCGUC